CUUUCCUCUCUCGAAAAUCUUCCGAAAACGGAGAGGAAGAAUCUCAUUUCCGCGGGGUGGUCCGAAAAUCCUAAUAAGUCCUGUCGUGUCCCUUCACUCGCCAUUGAACCGAGUCGUCCAUGUCUGCCAGCGCUUUCACGGUGUCUUCGCCGUCGUGGCGCCCGAUUCCGGUCCCGAGGUCCGUCAAUGGAGGCAAAGCGGCGGCGAGAGUGGCGGCUGCGAGAGCGGCCCUGGUCGAAGCGGGUCCUCGAGGUCCGCCGGUGGUCAGGGACGGCGGAGGAGGAGGAGGCAGGGUCGGCGCGGUCGUGCCGGUGCUGAGCGUCGACCGAGCUGAGGAUAUCCAAGCCGAGGCUCGAGCCAUGGCUCGCGCCGCCAAUGCCACCGUUUACACUCCCGAGCUCCUCUCUCGCCGAUACGGCUCUCGCCCUAUCAAGGUGGUGAGUAGAGCGCUGGACAUAUUGGUUGCUUUAGGUUCUUUCGCAAUUAAGUUGUUGGUGGAUCAAAGCAAUGGACAGAUUGAUCAAAAUAAGAGGAGGCGAGGUGCUGAGUUGAGAAGGAUUUUUACGAGAUUGGGGCCAACUUUUGUUAAAAUAGGGCAGGGGCUGUCGACAAGGCCCGAUCUCUGCCCUCCCGAGUACUUGGAGGAGCUCUCUGAACUUCAGGAUGCUCUGCCCACAUUCCCAGAUACUGAAGCAUUUGCCUGCAUUGAGAGGGAGCUGGGGCUGACCCUUGAUUCGAUUUUCUCAUCUAUAUCCCCUUCUCCAAUAGCUGCGGCAAGCUUAGGGCAAGUUUACAAAGCACGGCUGAGAUAUUCUGGUCAAUUAGUUGCUGUAAAAGUGCAAAGACCAGCUAUCGAAGAAGCUAUAGGGCUUGACUUCUACCUGAUAAGAGGUCUUGGAAUUCUCAUCAAUAAAUACGUCGACAUAAUUACCAGUGAUGCCGUUGCUCUUAUUGAUGAAUUUGCUCGAAGAGUUUAUCAGGAGCUCAACUACGUGCAGGAGGGGCAGAAUGCAAGGAGGUUUAAGCAGUUGUAUGCUGACAAGGCAGAUGUCCUUGUCCCUGAUAUUUUUUGGGAUUAUACAAGUGGCAAAGUGUUGACAAUGGACUGGGUGGAUGGAGUCAAACUAAAUGAGCAGGAAGCAAUUGAGAGACAAGGUUUAAAAGUUCUGGAUUUUGUGAACGCAGGCAUUCAGUGCAGCCUUAGACAGCUGCUUGAGUAUGGAUAUUUUCAUGCAGAUCCUCAUCCUGGUAAUCUUUUGGCAACGCCUGAGGGUAAACUUGCUUUUCUUGAUUUUGGGAUGAUGAGUGAGACCCCGGAGGCAGCGAGGUUUGCUAUAAUAGGUCAUGUGGUCCACCUCGUUAAUCGGGAUUAUGAAGCUAUGGCUCGUGACUACUAUGCUCUAGAUUUUCUCUCACCUGAUGUGGAUGUGUCGCCAAUUGUGCCGGCUCUUCGGAACUUUUUUGAUGAUGCGCUUAAUGCAACUGUCAGUGAACUAAACUUCAAAACCUUAGUCGAUGGCUUGGGCGCUGUUUUAUACCAGUAUCCUUUCAAUGUGCCUGCAUAUUAUGCUUUGAUAUUGAGAUCCCUUACCGUGCUGGAAGGUUUAGCACUUUAUGCUGAUCCUAACUUCAAGGUGCUGGCUGCUUCAUAUCCUUAUUUUGCUAAGAGGCUUCUCACUGAUCCAAAUCCAUAUCUGAGAGAUGCUCUUAUUGAGUUGCUGUUCAAGGAUGGGAGGUUUAGGUGGAAUAGACUUGAAAACUUACUUGAACAAGGUAGAAAAGACAGAGACUUUUCAGCAAAAGAUGCUUUGCAACCUGUUUUGAAGCUAUUAUUGGGCCCCGAGGGGGAAGAACUGCGGGUUUUGGUGGUAAAGGAGUCUGUUCGUGUAACAGAAGCUAUCGUCCUUGGUUCAGUUAUCGAUGGAUAUAAUUCUGCUCCUGCUUUUAUGCGAACUCUAUUAUUCAAUGGGAAUGCUAAUGGACCUCUCGUGAUGAAUGAUGAUGAACUGAAAAGGAUGAUAGGUCUCCGGGAUCAAGUCAUGAGGAUAUGGGGACUUCUGAGAACCUCUCAGAGUUUUGAUCCGAGCCUUCUGCAACCUAUUCUGCAAGUCCUUCAAGAACCUGAAGCACGCAGCUUAGGAGGGCGUGUUGCUGGUGGAAUUACGCAGCGUCUUGCAGCCAGAAUGCUCCAGCAAGUCCUCCGGCCGCCGCCCACUGUGGCCACUACCUCCCUAUAGCCGAUGCGAACCAAUUCCUGUGUAGGAUAAUUGGUGCGUGUUGUAAAUUUUCGCUCUGGAGGUGGACGCUCGCUCCAUUCUUGUCAUCAUCAUGUUGUAAUUUAUUCAAGCAAUGGUGAAAGAUUAUUUGCAGAUGACUAUAACAGUCACAGACUUAGGAUGAA